ACCAGCAACGGCCGCGCCCCCAACGAUCAGAGGAGCAGUCGCUCCUCCUCCCACCCCUGGGUUCAGGGCCCAUCCCCUGCCUCUGAGCACUGGGGGCGGCCCCGCUGCGGCGGUGUGUCACGCGCAGGCCCCGCCCGGUCUCGGUGCGUGCGGGGGGCGGAGCGCGUUGCUCUCCGGCGGCAGCAGCAGGGGCCGGUGCUGGCCGGUCGGGGGCUCCGCGCUCUCAGAGCUCAGUGUGCGUGCGACGCCGUCCCUGUUGCCAGGUCUGUGGUGCGGGGCAGCGGCGUUCUUGCCAGGAGGCGGCGGCGGCGGACUUCGGCGCCGCUCAGAGGCAGCCCGGGGGAGCGGAGCAGCGCAGCUGGGGUUGGUCCCGCAGCGCCGCCCCUCACUCCUCUGCUCGGAGAUAACUAGUCGCGGAGGUGGGGGGAAGCCUGCUCCGCUCCCGGAAACUCUCGGCGUCUCUCGGGCAGGUGGCGCAGGGGCCUGAGCGCAGCCGGAGCGGGGGAACUUCGGGGAUUUGGGGCCGUCGCGUGAGGACACCCGCAGCAGCUUCCCGGCCGGAGGAAACUUUUCCCUGUGAGUCGCGGCAGGCAGCGGGCCCGGUGGAGCCAGCGAGCGCCCCCAGAAGUUGAACGAGCGCUGUCCGAGCCCCGGCCGGGGGAGCGCGCUGCGGGCGGGGAGCUGCUGGGCGGCGGGGCCCCGCUGCCUGCGGACAUGAAGCUGAGCAGGCAGUUCACGGUGUUCGGCAGCGCGAUCUUCUGCGUCGUGAUCUUCUCCCUCUACCUGAUGCUGGACAGGGGCCACUUCGACCAUCCAAAAAGCCCCCGCCGGGAGGGCACCUUCCCCAAGGGCCAACUUUCAAUAUUACAAGAGAAAAUAGACCACUUAGAACGUUUGUUGGCAGAAAAUAAUGAGAUUAUUUCGAACAUAAGAGAUUCUGUGAUCAAUCUGAGUGAAUCUGUGAAGGAUGGUCAAAGAAACCCAGAGGCCAUAAAUUUCAGUCAAGGAUCUUUUUCCGAGCUUCUGCCAUCUGCUCUAGUAUCCCUCACAAUUGAUCCUGAGGAUUGCUCAUUUGCUUCAAAAAGUGGAAGUCAAGAUUCAAAUGUACAGAUGUUGGAUGUCUAUGACAUUCUUCCUUUCGAUAAUCCAGAUGGUGGAGUUUGGAAACAAGGAUUUGAUAUCACGUACAAUGAAAAUGAAUGGGAUGAUGAACCUCUUCAAGUGUUUGUUGUGCCUCACUCACAUAAUGAUCCAGGUUGGUUGAAGACUUUUGAUGACUACUUCAGAGAUCAGACACAACAUAUCCUAAACAACAUGGUUGUAAAAUUGCAAGAAGACAACAGGAGGAAGUUCAUGUGGUCGGAAAUCUCUUACUUUUCAAAGUGGUGGGAUGGAAUAGAUAGCCAAAAAAAGGAUGCUGUUAAAAGAUUAAUAGAAGAUGGCCAGUUUGAAAUAGUAACAGGAGGAUGGGUCAUGCCUGAUGAAGCUUCUCCUCAUUACUUUGCUUUGAUUGACCAGCUGAUAGAAGGACAUCAGUGGCUGGAGAAGACUCUCGGAGUAAAACCGAAGUCUGGUUGGGCCGUUGAUCCCUUUGGGCAUUCGCCAACAAUGACUUACCUUCUGAAACGUUCAGGAUUUUCCAGCAUGCUUAUACAGAGAGUUCAUUACUCGGUUAAAAAAUAUUUUGCAACCCAGAAGACACUAGAAUUUUUUUGGAGACAGAACUGGGAUUUGGGAUCCAAUACAGAUAUCCUUUGCCACAUGAUGCCUUUCUACAGCUAUGACGUUCCUCAUACUUGUGGUCCAGAUCCUAAAAUCUGUUGCCAGUUUGAUUUUAAGCGUCUUCCUGGGGGAAGAGUAAGUUGUCCCUGGAGAGUUCCUCCUGAGGCCAUUCAUGCUGGGAAUGUUCAGCACAGGGCUUGGAUGAUUUUAGAUCAGUACAGAAAGAAGUCAAAGCUUUUCCGUACUAAAGUUCUGUUGGCUCCACUAGGGGAUGAUUUCCGCUACAGUGAGAGCUCAGAAUGGGAUCAGCAGUACCAGAAUUAUCAAAAGCUUUUUGAUUUUAUGAACUCUCAUCCUGAGUUACAUGUUAAGGCCCAGUUUGGGACUUUAUCAGAUUAUUUUGAGGCUCUGCGCAAAGCAGGUAAUUUGGAGGAAAAGAACAGCAAUUCAGUUUUUCCUGUUCUGAGUGGAGAUUUCUUCACAUAUGCAGACAGAGAUAAUCAUUAUUGGAGUGGAUACUUUACAUCACGACCCUUCUACAAAAGGCUAGAUAGAGUUCUGGAAUCCUAUUUAAGAGCUGCUGAGAUCCUUUAUUCUUUUGCACUAGUAGAGUCCAAAAAAUAUGAAAAGAUGAAUGCAUUUCCUUCGGUGGAAAAUUAUAAAUUGCUGACGGAGGCUAGGAGGAACCUAGGACUCUUUCAGCACCAUGAUGCCAUCACAGGAACAUCUAAAGAUUGGGUAGUUGUGGAUUAUGGAACUAGGCUUUUCCACUCAUUAAUGAAUUUGAAGAGGGUGAUCAUUGACUCUGCUCAUAUUCUUAUCCUAAAAGACAAAGAUACCUACAUCUAUAACCCAUCAACUCCGUUCCUUAAGAUGGAUGAUGUUCAGUCCUCACAAGAUUCUCUGCCACGCAAGACAGUUAUAAAGCUGAGUAUACAGCCAAGGUACCUUUUGGUUUAUAAUCCUACAGAACAGGAGCGGUUCUCAGUGGUUUCAAUCUAUGUGAGUUCACCUAAAGUUAAAGUAUUAUCUCCUUCGGGAAAACCUGUUAUGGUCCAGGUUAGUGGAGUAUGGGAUGGCACAACUACAGUAUCACAUGAAGCAUAUCAGAUCUCUUUCAUGGUGCACCUACCGCCUUUGGGUCUGGGAGUUUAUCAGCUUUUGGAGGUUCUGAGUUCAGAAAUGGUCUUGGCUGAUUAUAAUAUAUAUACUAGUGGAGGAAAUAAUGUGCAGGUGAACCCAGAUGAGGUUUUCAAGAUCAAGGAGAUGCAAAAUUCUGCGGAUGAUAUUACUUUAGAGAACUCCUAUAUGAAACUAUGGUUUUCUGGGAUCUCAGGGCUUCUGAAGAAAAUGAACACAAAAGAAGAUGGCAAAAAUCAUCAAAUAAAGGUGGAGUUUGCGUGGUAUGGAACUACAAGUAACAGAGAUAAGAGCGGGGCUUAUCUCUUCUUACCAGAUGGAGAGGCCAAGCCUUAUGUUUUCACGGAUCCACCUACCAUAAGAGUUACUCAUGGAAGGAUUUUCUCAGAAGUUACUUGUUUUUUCCAUCAUCUGACACACACAGCGCGACUCUACAAAGUUCAGGGGUUGGAGGGCGAGUCUCUUGAGCUGUCCAAUAUUGUGGACAUUAGAGGAGAAUACAAUCGUGAGAUUGCAAUGAGAAUUUCAUCUGACAUAAACAGCCAAAACAGGUUUUACACUGACCUUAAUGGAUAUCAGAUUCAGCCCAGAGUGACAAUGAACAAAUUGCCUCUUCAAGCAAAUAUCUAUCCAGUGACUACAAUGGCUUAUAUCCAGGAUGAUGCCAUUCGUUUGACUCUACAUUCUGCUCAGUCUCUAGGUGUUACAAGCUUGAAAAGUGGACAGUUAGAAGUCAUCAUGGACCGUCGACUUAUGCAAGAUGACAACCGUGGCCUUGGACAGGGUCUCCAAGAUAACAAGAUCACAGCUAAUCUGUUCCGACUUCUGCUGGAGAGAAGAAAUGGAGUAGAUGAGGUCAUUGAUAAAGCUGCUAGUAUAGCUCCAAGUACCAAUCACAGCAAGACCCCACUGAAGACAGACCAGUUCAAUAAUGAUUCUCUCUGUAUAGUUACAUUUUGAGACCGAUCAGUUAGCCAGUUUUUAAUCCAUUUAAUGUAUGCCAUGUUAAUGUUAUAUCAUUCUGAUUUUUUAAUCCAAGUGCUGUGUGGGACCAAGUCAGACACCUUCCAGAAGUCUAAGUUUAUUACAUUAACGCUAAUACCUUUAUCAACCAAACUUGUGAUCUUGUGAAAAAAAGAUAUCAAGUUAGUCUGACAGGAUCUAUUUCCCAUAAACUCAUGUUGAUUUGUGUCAGUUACAUUAUCCUCCUUUAGUUUUUUAUUAAUUGAGUCCUGUAUCAGCUAUUCCAUUAUCUUGCCUGGGAUUGAUGUCAGGCUGACAGACCUAUAAUUACCUGGGUCAUUCCGCUUCCUUUUUAAAAAUUGGCACAACAUUAGCUUUCUUCCAGUCUUCUGAAACUUUCCCAGUGCUCCAAAACUUAUUGAGAAUCAGCAAGCUCCUCAGCAAGUCUUUUGAAACUCUUUGGAUGCAAGUUAUCUGGAUCUGUUGAUUUUAAAAUUUCUGACUUUAGUAGCUUCUGUUCAACAUCCUCCAGAGGCACUAGUGGAAUGGAAAGAACGUCGUUAUUGCCAUAUGAUGAGAGUGUAUCAUCUUUUUUUCCUCCCCAAAUACAGAACAGAAAUAUUUAUUGAACACCUUUUCUGUAUUAUUAUUAUUGAUAAUUCUACCAUUUCCAUUUAGUAAUGGACCAAUACCAUUGUCAGGAUUCUUUUUUGUUCCUACUGUGUUUUAAAAACUCUACUACUGUCCGUAACUCUGCUUGCCAUACAUUUUUCUCCUUUUGUGUCCCUUAUCAAUUUUCUGCAAUUGCUAACUUCUGACUUGUUCAUUAAUGUUAACUUUCUCUUUCUUCCAUUUGUUAUAUAUUAUUUAUAUAUUUUAUAUUUUAAAGCUGCCUUCACUUGCUUUCUAAACAGUUUGGUUUUUUUAACCAGCACAGCCUUCUUCCUCAGUUGUGGGAUUGAGGCUUUUGGGGCAUUUAGUAAGGUGUUAAGUGAGUCCCAAUAAUAGUUCAAGUUUUUCUGAUUAAAUUAUUUUCCACAGCUUAUUUAGCUCAUACUUGUUUUCAGCUUUGUGAAAUUGGCCCUAUUAAAGCAGCAAGUAUAUACAUGACUUUUAGUCCUGUGGUCAGUUCCUCUUUAUCUUUUGGAACAAGGUCUAAUAUAGAAUUCCCCCAUGCUGGCUGCAACAUAUUUUGAGUUAGGAAAUUCUCAUCUAUAAUGUUUACAAAUUUGAAGCAUGUUUGAAACUGGAAGUAUGCAAUCAGGCAGCAGAGACCAAAAAUCCCAUAUACUCUACAGAAAAGUACUGUGUUAAAUGUAAACUACUUAAAAAAAAAAAAAAUGUUUAAAAAAAUUGAUAGGUAAGUAAACUGUCUCUGUGCUUGUUUCAUUUAAAUUAAGAUGGUUAAAAGUAGCAUUUUUCUUCUGCAUAGUAAAGUUUCCAAGGUGUAUUAAGUUCUAAACGUUUGAAAGAACAACCAUAAUGUUUUGUUCAGAGUUAUGAGCAACCUCCAUUCCCGAGCUUCGUAACUCUGAGCUUCUACAGUAGAUUGAAUUUAUGCUCCUAAAUGACCAAUUCCAGUUCCUCUUGGUCGUUGGUCAGGCUCUUAGCAUUGAUGUAUAGGUAAUUGAAGAAUUUCUUCUGUCCUUUGAUUCCUUGAUAAAUUUUGUUCUCGAUAUCUUGAUUUUGUGCUGAGUGCUGAUAUCUUCCCUCUUUUUACCCUCCCCUUAUGCUAUUAAUUUAACGCCCUCCUGACUACUCUAGCCAGCCUGUCCUCAAGAAGUUUGGUUCCCCUUCUGCUGAAGUGGUGACUGUCCAAACAAUAUAGCCUCCUCUCCCCCAUAGAAGGUGGACCAAUAUUUCACAAAACCAGAGCCCUACACCACUUACCUAGCUAGUGAUUCACUUCCAGAAUCCUCUGUCUUCCUUUGACACAUGCAGCAAAUCUUCAGUAAAAUAUAUGAAAUAAUAUACUUGAAAUGUUUAUACCAUUGCCUAUAAUUAAGAUUGAACAACCUGUUUGUAAUUUAGAUGUAUGUUUACUUGUUUAGUUCUCAGCUGAAUCACAUAUCAGAUGUUUGCUGUUUGUUGUACCCACACACAAAAAAAUAAUUAAAAAAUGCGUUGUGCUGCUAACCAAGAGGAGGAAAAGCAACACUCAUUUCUUCCUUCAAAAGUUAGCAUGUAUCUUAUCUGUUGACAACUAAUCAAAUAUACAAAACAUUUGCAUUUAAAUUGUAUGGGAUUCUGUAGCUUACUUAGUUUUAAUUUGCUGGCACAAUUAAUUAUUUGUAUUACAGUAAACGAUCAGGACUCCACUGAGAUUAAUGCUGUACAACUUAAUCCUUGCUCCACAGUUUACAGUCUAGAUGUAUGACAAGACAGAGUAGGUAGAUGAAAUAGACAAGUGGGGUGGCAAGACGAGAUAACAGUAAAUAGUACAUUUUCCUAUGAGACCAUAGUCUUUUUGCUAACUGUAUAGCCAUUAUCAUCUGGAGUGUUUUGUAGGCAUUACAGCACUGGUAAGUCUUAAGGAGGUACUUGAAGGAGGAUGAAGAGACUUUACAGAUUUUACAGGAGGUUUGAUGGGUGGCAUUGAAGAAAAGCACAGAAGUGUUAAUGAUACCUCCUUUGCAAAGCUUUUUGAGAAAGCUACGGAGUAUCCGUAUAAGAGCUAUAUAUUAUUAUUAUUAUUAUUCUUUGAGUGCUUGCGUUCCAUUUUAGAUGUGUACACACCAGUGCACUGAAACUGGAGAACUUUUCCCCAUAGUGAUACUUGUUGGGGCAGUACAUGCUGCUAGCUGAAAGUAUAAAGCGUUAGAGCCGUCCCAACACUCCUCAGUUCCUUCUCACACCCAUGGUUGGUAGUCGGAGUGUAUGUGGCUUCUUAUGGUCUUUCCCAUAUUUCCCUUUAAGAAAACUUUCUAGAGAUCUUUUAUUGUAAGUAGUUUAGUAUAGUUGUAGUUUAGAUAGUGGUACUUGUUUUUGGCUCAGUUCCCAGGCAUGUCCAAGUCCCCAAGAUUUAAGUACUGUUCUGACUAUAACAAAUUUAGGCCAGUCAGUGAUCCUCACUCCCAAUGAUAAAAGUGUUUGAGAGAAGGACACAUCAGGUAUAAUAACUGCCCUAUUUGUAAGGUGUUUAAAACGAGGAGUAGGACGUUGAGGGAAGUUCAACUUCAAGACAUCCUGGUCAAAGCAGCUUUUGUGCUCUCAUUUGGAACCCAGGUGCUCAAUAUGCAGGGAUUUGGACUCAACUCCAUCUUCGAGUGCACCACAAGACUUGGAAGAGAGUUGGAGAGCUGGCGAGACGACACCACUCUCCACCUAUGGUGCCAUGCAGGAGGCAGAAGUCCAGCCCUUUGACCUCUUCUGGCCAGAAGAAGCCCUCUUCUUCUUUGAGGGCUAAGUCCUCAACACACUCACAUAAAAUGACCAGUACCGAAGUUAGUUAUAGUUAAGAUAACUCCUGCAAGGUGCUUCCCAGUGCCGCAUUCUAGCAAUGUAGAGUUAUAGACUCUGGCAUCUUAUGCUGUACUGCCCACCCACUUUUUAACAUGGACGUAGUUUGGGGGCUCAGAGUGGCAGUGGCAGUACCUGUGCUUUGUGGCAGGGGAGCUGAUAAGGUGAUCAGCUCCCCCACCAUGAAGUGCAGCCCCUGCCGGCAGUUCCAGCCUCUUUCCAGUGGGGGGACUGAAGAGGACCUUAGUCCCCCUUGCCUUGAGGCCCGGACCCUCUCCGUGGCCUGCCCCUCCUCUCUUUCCUUCCAAGACCCUGUCCCCUGGCGUGGCCAGAAGUCAGAGCUGAGCUGUAAUAAGAGCCUCCCAGGGAUUCAGGACCGCUGUGGGGAGCCCUGGACCCUCUACCUGCCCUGGCCAGUGCACCGUGGGUGGGGCCGAGGGCUGCUCUUGGGCAGUGGUCUCCCCAUAGCAGCCUGGGCUCCCUGAGUGGCACUUAGCAUGGCCCGGCUCCAAGUUCCGGGCUGGCCUGGGGGUGGUGCCUCAUGGAGGGGGGAAGAAGAGAAGGAGCAGGGACAUGGCCAUGGGAAAGAGGCAGAACAGAGAUGAGGCCACAGUUUCAGCAGUGUUGCCUGUGACAUUAGCCUCUUGAAAGGUUUGGACAGACCUUGCCUCCUAUUAGGGAUCCCACACCAUCCUGCGAUCUGAGUUUGGUUCUUUCCAUUUUAACAUGGCCACCAUUCAAACCUAUAGCUACGCCCCCUUCUCAUCUCUCAGUGAAGGUAGCAUUCCUAGUGGCCAUUAUUUUGGCCAGGAGGUGGCAGAACUUCAGGCCUUGGUAGCUGACCCUCCUUAGAUAUUGUUUUAUAAAGGUAACGUUAGUUGGCAUCCACACCCCAAAUUUCUUACUAAAGUGGUGUCAGAUUUUCAUCUAAAUCAUUCUACAUACUUACUAACUUUUUUCCAAAACCUCACACCAACAGAGAUAGGGAAAACCUUCAUACUUUGGGCAUUCAUAAGAUGUUGGCCUUUUAUCUGAACAGAAUUAAAGAGUUUUUAUGGCAUCUCCACCUUAAACUCUUGUUCAUGUCCUUCGCUGACAGGAUGAAAGAGCAUCCUGUCUCUUGACAGAUGAUUUCUUCCUGGAUCUCCUCUUGUAUUCAUCAGUGCUACGAUAAUGCUCCAUGACCUCAAAGAGUUUUAGCACACUAUAAGAGCAUAAGCAGCAUCAGCUGCUUUCCUAGGUCAUGUUCCCAUCAGUGAUGUUUGCAGAGCUAUGACUUGGUCUUCUGUUCAUAUAUUCACUGCUCGUUAUGCUCUCUCCUAUGCCCUAGGAGGAGAUGAUAUGUUUGGAAGAGUAGUGUUGUAGUCCUUGUUUAGGUAGACACCAAUUUUCUCCUCCAUCUGGAAUUGUUAGUCGCCUAAAGUGGAAUGGACAUGUGCAAGCACUUGAAGGAGAUGCAUCUGAAGAAGUGGCUUUUUACCCAUGAAAGUUUAUGCCCAAAUAAAUCUGUUGGUCUUAAGGUGCCACCAGACUCCUUGUUGUUUUUGUGGCUACAGACUAACACAGCUACCCCCUGAUACUUGAAGAAAUGUUAGCUACCUGUUCAGAAACUACUGUUCUUUAAGAUGUGUGCACAUGUCCAUUCCACGACCCAUCCUCCUCGCUCUCAACAUUGGAGCAACAGCAAACUCUGGCUCCCUGGGCAAAGGAACUGAAUGGGGUCAGGGAGGCUCCACCCCUUCAUAACUUCAGUUAGUUGAACAAAUGUGCAGAGGGCACAUGCUCCACAUGAAUGGGUACCACUAUUGGAAAAAGUUCUCUGGCUUCGGUGCACAGGCACUCAACACACCUAAAAUGGAAAGGACAUAUGCAGCACAUCUUGAAGAACAGUUACCAAGCCAGUAUAUAACCAUUUUUUAUUAUUCGAGAAGCAGAUGAGUAGCUGAUUGAGAAGUUUUGUCUUUGUUGUUUCUAAAAAAUAAUUAAUAUGUCUUAAUUUACAAAUUUACAUUUAAUUAAGGCAGCCAUAUAAAAACUUAAUGCAAAGUGGUUUUAUCU